AAGAAGAUAACGUCAUAAUAUAUAUAUUUUUUUGCCUGUGUGGAAAAUGGAUGCGGGCAUAGAGAAGGAAUGCAGCGCCUUGGGAGGUCUCUUCCAGCUCAUCAUGAACGACAUGAAGGCCAGUUAUCCCACAUGGGAGGACUUUGUCACCAAGGGAGUCAAACUUCAGUCGCAGCUCAGACAGUACUCGCCGAUACCAAGGACCGAUACUUGAUAAUGGCAUUACAUGGUACCAUACAUCCUACCCAGAAGGUAUAUGUCAGGACCACCAUCCUGGUGACGGGCGCCUUCCUGGAUGCUUUUCAGAAGGUAGCAGACAUGGCGAUGAGCUCUAGAGGUGCUACCAAAGAGAUUGGCUCAGCCCUAACCAGGAUGUGUAUGAGACACCGCAGCAUCGAGUCCAAACUUAAACUCUUCACUACGGCACUCUCGGAAAGUUUCAUCACACCGUUAGAGUUGAAGAUGGAGGAGUGGAGAAAAGCGGCUAGUCAGCUGGACAAAGAUCACGCGAAAGAGUAUAAAAAGGCACGGGCAGACAUCAAGAAGAAGUCGUCCGAUACCGUCAAACUGCAGAAGAAGGUGAAGAAAGGUAAGGACGAGGCGCGCGGCCAGCUGGACAGCGCGCUGCAAGACGUCAACGUGCGCUACGCCAUCCUGGAGGAGACGGAGAAGAGGGCCGUGUGCCGGGCGCUCAUAGAGGAGAGAGCGCGCUACUGCACCUUUGUCACAAUGCUGAAGCCAGUGCUGGACCACGAGAUCAACAUGCUGGGUGAGGUGACCCACUUGCAGACCAUCCUGGAGGAUCUCACCACGCUGACCGCCGAGCCCAAUAAACUGCCACCAGCUAGUGAGCAGGUGAUUUUGGACCUAAAAGGUUCAGAUUUCAGCUACACCUACCAGACGCCUCCAGCCUCUCCCAGCAACACGUUGUCCAGGAAGAGCAGCGUCAGCAGCUAUCAGUCUGGAUCAGUGCGCCACGUCCCUUCCUUGGACUCCAUCAGCUGUGCUGUGGAUGGAGUGCACAUCCAGCAGCGCUCCUCCCAGUAUCUUCUGAUCGGCUGCGACGAAAGCGGCCGCUCCCUCAGCGAAGGGAGCUCCCCGUCUGGCCUGGGUGGCCGGCAGGGCAGCCGCGGUCGCUUUGGUUAUGCCGCCGGUCCCGGGCGGCGCCCUGCGCCGGGUCGCCGCGUCAGCCGGCGUGAUACGACCACCGAUGCAGUGGGCUCCACCAAUCAGCCGGCUUCUGCGAGCGCGGGAGGUGAGAACGGCCUCCUGGCGCCCCCGCAGGGUGCCCACACGCAUGGCGAGAGGGUCCGCGCCAUGUCGGCAUCUGGAAAGUCUUGUUCCGCCCGGGAUCAGCUGGCCUUGACUCUGGGCGCGUUGACGUCGGACGCGCCACGCAGCAGCCGCGACUCGCUGCACUGCUCCAGCGGUUACAGCACGCAGACCACCACGCCGUCCUGCUCCGAGGACACCAUCCACACGCACGCUGUAAAGAGAGAGCCUCCCCUCUAUGUUGACUACGAGUCAAUUUCCCUCCACGGGGACAGCGACUCCAUCUCCCUGCACCACCUGUCGCAUGGCGGCGGCCAGUCGGACUUUGACAAGUCCUCCACCAUGCCGAGGAACUCGGACCUGGGCUUCCAGUACCGGAAGUUUGCGCAGUCCAAGCGUCCCGCCUCCACCGUCAGCCUGUUGGCCGAGACGGAGCUGGCGGGCGGCUCGCACACGGCGACUAUCCGACGCAAGCCGUCCACCAAGCCGGCGUACCGCAGGGGCACCAUCAGCGGCGGGGUGCCAAUCCCCAUCUGCACGCCGCAAGUCCCCGUGGGGGCGGCGACCCCGGGGAGCGACGAGAAUGCGUUCAUCGCGUCCUCCGGGGGAGGCUUCGGUUACAAUAAACUCUACACUUCCACGCAGAGCCUCAGCGCCCUGCCGCCCUCCUCCACCUCAUCCUCGUACUCGCCGUACUACCAGCUGGUUCCCGGUCAGAUGCCCAUUCCGGUGCCCGUGCCCACCGUUCCACCAGAGGGCGGCAUUGGCAAGCAGCAGCGACUGCAACAGCUAAACCACCAGGUGCAAAUGCAGCAGUUUCAGCAUGAGCAACAGCUCCAGAAACAGAACCGGCUUCACGACCAAAUCCAGACCCAGACCCACAUCCAGAACCAGAUCCAAGCCCAGGUCCAGACCCAAAACCAGCAGCACAAACAGAAGCUCUUCCACCAGCAGAGAGGCCAGCUUCAGGCCUCCAAUGCCCAGCAAGACGACUCCAUCCUAGGCUACACGGAUCAGGAGCUGCCCCCUCCGCCCUCCAGCCUGGACCUGGACCUGGACCAGGACCAGGACGCCCUGACGCAAGAGAGAGGGGACAGGGACAUGCUGAAGCUGAUCAGGAGCGUGACGCUCAAAAGGACCGUGACCAACGAUCGCUCGGCCCCCCUGCUGCCCCCGCCGGCCAAUCACAACUGAGACCACUGUGGCUAUCUUUUUUUUUUUUUUGUUUUUUUUGUUUUUUGCAUAGUGUUGUGCGCGUUUUUGCAUUUUCACACCUUUUUGCCUUUCGUUUUGAUUGUCUUCAUAUUUUUGAUCACGAGACUUGUUAGUAAAUUUUCUGGUAAAUCUCCGCAAGGAGUUAAGGUGGAGAAUUGCGCUCUCCUUGCCCACACAUUCGAGGGCAUCGCAGUACCUCAACUGCUCAAUUUAUUUCACUUCACCCAAAAUUCAUGUUCCGAGCGAGCGUAUCUGAAGCUGGCUUGCUUCACAAAGCAAAAACAAACAAACAAACAAAAAAAACAUUUCAGUUCAAGUCAACCUUCCGUCGAUUCUCAGAAUUCCUGAUUGAUUCCCUUGAAUCCCUUAGUAAGGCGUCACUUCCUGCUUCCAGAUGAUUCCAGCACAGGAAGUCUGGCUGGCUGGCCUGGACGAGCUUGAUGAGCUUUUCCCCAGACUCCCGACGGGGUGGGGUUUAGUAAUUCACCAUAACGCAUGAUGCUUAGGCUUUUUUUUUUUUUUUUUUUUUUUUGGUGCUUAUCUUCAUGACUGGAAUUAAAUGUUGACUAAAGCUGAUGACUGCGAAUAAGUCGGAGGAAACGGAGCUGAGUCAGCAGUUUUAGGAUUGAACAGAAUCCUCAUUGAGCUUUUUUUGUUUUGUUUUGUUUUUUUGUUUUAAGCGUAGUUUUUAUUUGUUGACAUAGCGGGACUAUGAGGAGAACAAGCGCACUAAUGUUGCCGUUACUCUACUCAGUUUGGCCACAUGCUGGCGCUCUUGGCUUUCAGCAUCUAGUUGAGGGUUAGGUAUGCUUUUUUUCAGUUCAUUCGCAAAUUGAUGCAACCAUGAUAUAUAUAAAAGUUACUCUGAGGUUUUUAAUGUUUUUUUUUUUAUCCGUUUAGCUGGAUUGAUUAUGGUCGGUUACAUCGUAUUUAGUAUGAAUAAGUACGUUUUGUGCCUCUUUUACGCUGUGCAGGUUUAGCUGACUUAUUCAAAAGACUGACUCUUUCUUCGAUGUUUUUAGUUUCUGGUCGGCCCUGUUAGUGUCCGCGGUCACCACGGUUACAGCUUAGCUGGCUUUCUCUCUUGUGCUAUUUGGUUGUAUAUAUUCCUGAUCAAAUGUCUGUACACAUAUUGUAUUUUUCUGCAUUGGCCUCGUCUGAUAUGACGCCGACGUCUUAUUUUUCUAGAAGAUCCUUUAAGCGAGUCGGAAACGUCCCGGUGAGGGCACAAACCAACAGAAUGUACUUGUAUUUCUUUCGUAGUUGUUUUCCCCUCCACGCCGCCACGCCCCUUGCGUGUCGAGUCAUCACCAUCAUAAUAAUUAUAUUGACAGUGCUCGUCAAAAACCAA